GCAGCGCAGAGAUGUUGGCCCUCAUCCACCGGCUCCUGGACUGGUUCAGGUCGCUCUUCUGGAAAGAGGAGAUGGAGCUAACGCUGGUGGGACUGCAGUACUCUGGAAAAACCACUUUUGUCAACGUGAUUGCUUCUGGUCAUUUCAAUGAAGACAUGAUCCCUACAGUCGGCUUCAACAUGAGGAAAGUCACCAAAGGCAACGUAACAAUAAAAAUUUGGGAUAUAGGUGGGCAGCCACGGUUCAGGAGCAUGUGGGAGCGAUACUGCCGGGGCGUCAAUGCCAUCGUGUAUAUGGUUGACUCUGCUGAUCGUGAAAAGGUCGAAGCCUCGAGAAACGAGCUGCACAACUUGUUAGACAAACCACAGCUGCAAGGCAUUCCUGUACUUGUCCUUGGCAACAAAAGAGACCUCCCCAGUGCUCUAGACGAGAAGCAAAUAAUCGAAAAGAUGAACCUAUCUGCCAUUCAAGACAGAGAGAUCUGCUGCUACUCCAUUUCAUGCAAAGAGAAAGACAAUAUAGAUAUCACACUGCAGUGGUUGAUCCAGCAUUCAAAAUCUCGGAGAAGUUGAAAGCAGACCCCGUCCUGCCCCUGUUCCAGCUCCCAGCCCAGCCCAGCGCUCUUCAAACCGGCCGGCCCUUCCUGUGAGCAGUGACUGUCCCUCUCAGCCGCAUCUGUCUGUCCAUUCACUCUCUAUUACACACAGUGAACUGUCAGUAAAGCAUCUUCACCGGUGGGCCUCAGACUCCACUCAGCUCAUUGUUGCUAUCAGUUGAAUGGAUUUUUUUUAUUUUUUAUUGAAGCUUAACCUCUUAUGGUUAACCUUGACAUGGUUUAAUUCAGUUUCAGAGUUUGCCUUCUUAUCCUGUGAAAUAAGUUUGUGGUAUUGUUUGGGGUUUUCUUUUGUUCUGCUUGGUUUAUUGUUGUAUUAUUUUUGUGGUAUUUUUUACCACAAAGAGUGUUUAGAAUGAACAUUUGAGUAGCUAGUAUUGUACAUUUAGGGCUUCAAUGCUUUUAAAUGUACACUACUUUUCAAAAGUUUAGGACUGAAAGAAUUUUUGAUUAUUAUUAUUAUUCUUUUUUAAUUGUGCAAGGAUCUAUUAAAUCGAUCAAAAGUGACAGUAAAGUUACAUAAAUGCUCUUUAAUUGAACUUUGUUCUUCAAAGAAGGUGACAGUUUCUAGAAAAUUAUUAAGCAACUUUAAUAAAAAUAAGAAAUGUUUCUUGAGCAGUAAAUCAGAAUAUUAAAAUGAUUUCUCAUGUGACACUCAAGACUGGAGUAAUGGUGUUGAAAAUUCAGCAUUGCCACCACAGAAAUAAAUUAUAUUUUAAAACAUAUUCAAAUAGAAAAGUUAUUUUAAAUCAUAAUAACAUUUAACAAUAUCACUCCUUUUUUAUCAAAUGUAUACGGUGUUGGUGAGCAUAAGAGAAAACCUCAAAAACCUCAAGAAAUCUUACUGACGCCAAACUUUUGAACGCUAGUGUACAUUCAGCUGAUGUUUUUCCUUAACUCCAUGUUAACUCUAUGCCCCACCUCCACAAACUAUUUGUGAAAUAAUCAUAUUUUAUAUUUGCUUCAUAGCUGGAUGACUAGACAUUUACCAAUAUCUGCCUUUCAGCAAAUCUGGACAUUCUGCAAGCUGAUGGUUAUAAUUAAUAUUCAUGAUUCAAGAUGAUUUUAUAAUGCCUCUCCUCAUGUUUUAGAUCAUCUUAAUGGCUCUGUUUAAAUCUUUUCCUAUUUGACUCUCAUUACAAUAACAAAGCCCAGUUUAUUAGUAUUCACGACCCACAGCUCAUGGGCAUGCUUCACACACUGUAGCCUUGAGCAUAAAACAUCUCAAUUCUGAAAACUGUCCUCUAAUGGGAUCCUGUGUUUGUCAGAGCAGACUUCUGAUAGACGUCUUGGCAUUUACAUUAAUUAGUGAGCCUAAAAGUUAAGUGCCUUUUGCAGAUACUCACAUUUUUAAAGCCCAAAAUGGGUAUAUUGUGUUUUUUUUCCCGACCAAGCCCCAAAAUGCUGCACAGUUCUUCUUCCUGUCUUCUAAAGAUCAGUUUUACAUCGAAAACAACAUUAAAGGCAUCUGUUCUUUAUGACGUAUUAUUACUGACUUCCCAUUAGCUGCGUGAGUCAGUAGUUUCCCACUCAUUGCUUGAAGACUGAGAUGAAUAGACUUUCUGCUCUAGUUUUCAGAUUGUUCUCGCGUCUCUAAUCUACCUCAGUGGUGUCAUGAGCUACAGCAAGCGUUCAGAGAGUUGCACACCAUGAUGAGAGAGAUCUUAAACUCGAAUAAUUCAAUCCAAGAUAUGCUUAUGUUUUUUAACGAAGAAAUCUUAAAGAUUUCUUCAUUUGUGUUGAUCUUUAUGCACUGUAAUUGGUGAUUCUGCCAAAAAAUCUAAGACUUAUCCCUGAGAACAAAGGCUUUUGAGUGUAUAUGUGUGAAAAAAUGUGUGCAAAAGUAUAUGAGAAAAUUACAGUUUUUGAGAAGCAUUGGUUGUUCUGCCAUAAAAAGGCCUGAUAGGUGCAUCAAUUACAGACUGUUAAGCAUUAAAUACAAAUGUUGUUCAUACAAAUACUAGUUGAGAGAGAGACACACACAAAUCAAUUCCAAAUAAGCUGUUUUUUUUUUUUUUUUGGGUGGGUGGGGGGUCUUUUACAAAAGUUAUUGGCAUUUAUGAUCUACAUAAAACUGUAUGUAAUUCAUCAAGAUUGAAUGUUGUUUAACUUGUUUAUAAAGGACUUUAAUAUAUGAUACAUUUUUUUUUUCUUUUCUCUAGCUUUUUCCCCCUCUGUUUUCAAACCAUCUAUGUCAAAUGGGUGCCCACAAAUUCCAGACUGUUAUUACUUUUUACAGGACAUAUUAAUGGCCGUGUUAUAAUAUUGUAAUUUGUGAUUAUCUCGACAUUGCUGAGACAUUACUGCAGCCUUGUAAUACAAGAAUGGAGGUCACAUCUUCACCGUUCACAUUUCUCUCUUCCUCUGUGCAUUUCUUCAUUCAUUCAUUCACUCAGACAUGAUGUGUGUUGUUGGUUCUGCUCAUCUAAAUGACGCAGGUCUGUGGCCAAAGCUUGUUUCCUCGUGUGAUUAUCUCUGUGCCGCCUUCAAACACAAUACAGAAUGGUGUCUCUUCUCCUUCAUGUGACUAUCCACACAUGAAAAAUCAAUGGAUCUGUUGCAUACUUUGUAUAUAGGCAAAUGUAAAGCUUUUUUAUUUGUUUUGCAGAGUGCUCUUAUUUGUGUCUCUUGCAUUAUACAGUUUUGUGAUCGCUCAAUAAAUUGUUUUUUAGGGUGA